AUGAGCCAAAAGAGAAAGAAAACGGUGACGCUAAAAGCUGCCCAGAACGAGGAUCUCCAGUUUUUGGGACUUAGUAGUGGUGGAACCUUCUUUGGAUAUGCGGCUCCUAUGGAAAUACUGCCGGAAAUACAAGAAAAUCAUCUGCUUGAGCAUGCCAUUAAAGUGUACUUAUCGAAAUAUGCAAGGAAGGAUGACCUAGCUAGUAAAAGGGAGCUUUAUUCAGCACUGAUGCUUGCGCUGGAACAAGCAACCAAACCGGGGGAGAUUUUGCGGUGCAGACAAUUGCCAUCUGGUGAUGCGAUGGUAAUCUUCACCAGUAGUCAAGCAAAGAAGAAGGCGCUAGAUUCGGGAAAGAUAGCAGUCAGACACGGAGCCCAAACAAGAAUUGUCCCACUAGGACCGGUUGGGAAAAUAGGGCAAAUAUGUACCUGGUAG